AUGCACAAAACUCAUGAUUAAAUUACAUAAGAAAGUCAAGAAGAUCUUUAUAAUGAAAAUAAAAGCGCAUCCUUGCUAGGAGUUAAAUCCUAUUAGUAGUAUGCCUAUAGAUGGAUAAUUUUGAUAUGUUUUCUUAGUGUUGUAUUUAUUAAUGGUAUUGCAUAUCAAACUUUUAUUCCAAAUGCAAAAUAAGUAUAAUAUGAUAAUAAUAAAAGUUUAUUGAAUUAUAUGAUGUUAGUGAACAAAUAAUAACAUUAUCUGGCACAAUAUUUUUGAUAAUGUAACCAUUGUUUACAUUUUUUGCAUCUUCAUGUAUUUAUUAAAUUUAUAAUAAGUUAUUGUAAAGAAAGGAUUUGCUUUAUCAUUAAAUUUUGGAGUCUUGUUAACAAUAGUUGGAUAUGGUAUAAGAUUAUUAAUAAAUAAAUUUUCAUUUUCAAUUGUUAUUUUAGGAUAAGCAUGUCUUGGAAUAUCAAGACCUUUUAUAUUGAAUGGUCAGAUUACAAUGGCAUAGAAUUGGUUUUAUCCAUCAAAUAGGACAGCAGUAUUAACAGCUUGCAAUGCUUUUUAAACAUUUUCUAUGAUCAUAAGUGUUAUAUGGCCAGCUAAUUGGAUUUUUCAAGAUUAUUCUUAUACUGAAGAGUUGAAAGAAAAAGGUUUAGACUUAUCUUUAAAACUCUAAUACUAAUAAUUUUUCUUAAGUCUAGUACUUAUUCCUGUGAUCUUUUUAAUUAGAAAUAAUCCAGCAACUCCUCCUUCAGGAUUUAAAACUACAGAAAGUGAUGUUGGAGUUUAAGAAUCAAUAAUAAAAUUAUUAAAAAAUGGAAAUUUCAUACUCAUUCUAUUAACUUACAGUUUUUAUUUUGGAACUAUUAAAGGAUAUGGAUUGAAUGUACCAUAUUUAAUGUCUCCUUUUGGAUUUAUUGAUACUCAUUAUUCAAUUGCUUCUUCAAUGCUAAUAAUUGGUGGAUUUAUAUCAGCAGGGAUGGUAUCUAAGAUUGUAUAAAAGUUUAAAAAGUAUAAGGCUAUUGGAAUAGUAUUAUUAACUAUAUCUUUAGCCUUAACAUUAUUAACAUAUCCUAUAAUGAUGACAGAACAAUUUAUCCCUUUAUGCAUCUAAUAAUUAUUAUUAGGAUUUUUCUUAAUUCCAAUGGUUCCAGUUUUAAUGGAAUUUGGAUGUGAAGCAAUAUAUCCUUUAAAUGGUAGUUUUUCAAUUGGGGUUAUGGUUUCAGGAGCAACAAUAGCGGCUUUGUUGAGUAGCAUUUUAUUAACAUAUACAGCUAAAGGUAAAGAUAGUGAUAAGUUAAGUGCUUUAAUAACUACUAUCAUUUGGUGUAGCAUAUUUUUAAUAGGAUUUAUAUUCUUUUUGUUUACAAAAGAAAUUGAAAAUAGAUCAAAAGAGCAAGAAGAAAAGGAAAGGAAAAAUUUAAUAAAAUCAGAUUCCUCUAAUAAAAAUCAUUAAACUUCCAUUAAUGAAUCAUUUCAUUCAGAAAAAGAUAAAAGUAAAGAGGAUUUUAAACAAGAACAAGUAAUUAUUGUUUAAAAUUAAUUUUUAUAAAAUAAUGAUGAUUUAAAUAAAGAUGAUAAAAACAAUGAUAAAUAACAAUGA